AUGAUACCUGCCGGAAAAAAAUACGACCCCUUCAUUUCAAAUGGUUUAGAAAAUUGUUAUUUGCGCAUAUAUGAAAGUACGUUGGGAACGUUGUCUGAUUUCUUGGACGAACUAUUCACCUGCACUAAUCCAAACCGUGACGAGAGAAACGGCCAUUCUAAAGAAUGUUAUUUAAAUGAAUUUCAAUGUGGUGCAAGAAUAUUGCCAUUGCUUAAAUUGUCAAGCCAUUUUCCGGAACUUAGAAAUAUUAAGCGUCAGUUGUACGAGAUUCGGCGACUAUACACACAUCUGUCGAGGGUUGACGAAGCUCUUGAACAAGGUGACGUAGCCUUUUUAAAAAAAUUGGCGGAAGACACUCAAGCAAAAGCCAUUUCAUUUCCCAGCGAUGCAGUACAUUCCGAUCUUGCGGAAGAUAAACUGACUGAAGACUUUAAAAAAACUAUCGAACUUUUCGAAAAAAGAGCUUCUGAUUUGCCGAAAUAUUCGUGCUGCUCGUGCGAAACAUUGUGCUUCAAGCGUAACGUUAACGCAAUUGAAAAACAAAAAACGAAUAUCAUCGAAAAACAAAUUUGGAAGGAUCUUCAAAUAUUAGUACCGGAAAACGACCGUAAAUGGAUAUGCAACUAUUGCUAUGGAAAAAUAAAUGACGACAUAAUGCCUUCAACGUGUAUUCUGAAUAAAAUGUUCACCCAUCAGGUACCGCCAGAAAUAAGCUGCUUAACCCUUUAUAGGUUAGUGGUUGUUCUAGAAGCCACUUAUGUUUGUACGGUAGAUGGGCAGCAUAAUAUUAAUGAAUCACAAAUGAAUGCAACUGUGGCAUUUAUAGAAGCCACUUGUAAAAUGACAGUGCAUGGGCAGAACUAUUUUUUUUUUGAUAACAUCAAAUUAGCUAACUAUUACCAUUCUACUACUUGUUUGUAA